AUGGCUAAGAGACAAUUCUUUGAGUUUAUUCUGAAGAUUUUGAACUUAUUGCUACUACUUUGUGGUCUUGCCUUGGUGGGUUUCGGAACAUUUGAUCUGGUAAAAUGGAUUUUAAUUCAUUCAGAUAACAUGAAGCACAACAUCUUAUCAGCAUGGUUUCUGAUCUUUCUCAUCGCAUUUGGCACAAUCCUCUUUGCCAUCUCUUGUUCAGGAUGUUACACUUUGUUAAUGGCGAUACUAAUAUUAUCCGAGAUUGGUCUUGGAGCUUUUGUAGCCUAUGAUCGCAGAUGGAAAGAGAGGAUACCGAAGGAUAAAACUGGGAAACUUAACUCAGGCUAUGCUUUCAUAGAAUCAUACUGGAAAAUAUUUAGAUGGGUUGCUCUUGGAGCAGUCAUUUUAGAGGUAUUAGCUCUACUGUUAUCUAUCGUUGUGCAAUUGUCCAGAACUCGGGCGUUUUACGAUAGCAGUGACGAAGAGUUUGACAGGUAUCAGCAGUUCCAAAGAAUGGUUCCUCCAAGGCAGGUUUACCCUGCCAGCAGAACACCUUCACCAACUAUUGGCAACAACCAGAAACAACCUGCAGUUCAAUUGGGCAGGGCUGCAGUAUGA